UUGUUUCUAAAUAGAGCACAUUUAUUGAAGGUCAAAGGUCAUUCCUUAGUGUGAUCUCGAAUUAUGCCUCCCAAAAAAGCAAAAGGAAAAGGAAAGAAGAAAAAAGGAAAGAAAAAAGAGGGUGGGAAUGGUGAUGAGUUGUCAGUAGUUGAGCUGUACAAGAGGACCAGUCAGGAGGUAGACAGUCUAAAAGCCAGGCUAGCUGAGAGACAAGAGUAUGCCCGGCGGUCCCGAGCAUCAGAGGAGGUUAUGAGGGAGAGGAUGUUGGAGGCACGGUCAAUGGUGGACGAGGAGAAAAUCACAAAGAAAGACAUAUCUUAUGAUAUGACGCGGCAGUACAAGUCAAUGCAGAGUCAGCUGGAGUGUAGGAUAGCCUUCCUGGAGUCGCAAGUCAAGAGGCAGCAGUCUGAACUUGACAAGACACGCGAUGAGCUGCAAAGAGUGACUGAGGAGAGAGACAGUAUCCAACAUCAGAGGGAAGUGGAGGUUGGUAACCUGCUCUCCAAGCUGCAUCUCACGGAGAGGUCGUACGAGGGCAUACUUCACGAUGCACUCGACACACUGGCAGCUAAAAUGGAGGGAGCUAGGGUCCAGUGGAAUUCUGAAUCAGCACUUAUUGAACAACGGGCUCAACAAGUGUUGUUGGAAUUUGGCUGUGGAUACGGGAAGGAGACAUCAGACAUCAAACUAAACUGAUUAUAUGAAUCUACAAUGCAAUGAUAUCACUUAAAUUUUGAUUAUUCAUGCACGUCUGUGUAAUGAUCUUUACCCAUUGUGAA